GUCACCCGGCGAACAAGUGAGCGAAAGUGUGUGAGGUGCAGAGAGUGUGUGUGUGUUUGACACAGAGUGUGAGAGAGAGAGAGAGAGAGAGAGAGAGAGUGCCGGUGCAGGAAGAGCCAGGCAGUCAGUGCAGUGUUUUUAAAGAGAACGAUACAUCCUCCCUCCUCUGCCUCUCUGCGGACUAUACCACUACCGGGGACUCACCCUUCGGACUAUUCCGCCGUUUCCGCCUCCCCGUCACUUUGAAGGGAACACCUGUGCGCGUGAGAGCCAAGACAACGGACUUAGCCCUGGUAAACAGGGCGAGUGGAUGACUUCAGUGGAUGAGGGUGUGGCUGGUGGAAAGAGGGAGACUGCUGAUCAUGGACUCCCCUCACUAGUUAACGGGGGUGGUGAGGAGGAUCAGGUUUGUCCGGUCAUCAUGUGCACGCGGACCUAUCCUGACCCCGUCCGUGAGUGCCAGCUGUUCCCUGAAGAGGUGGAGGAACCCGAGGAGGAGGUGGCAGACGAGAGCAGGGAGAGGGAAUCGGACAGAGACAGUGCUGUGGAAAGCACUCAGGGUUCAGACACCUCAGACGGGCUCACCAGACUGGGAGACAAGGAAGACACACUAGGGGAUCUAUUUUUCCCUGGAGAGAAGUGUGGUCAGACUAGUAUCUCUGUGACCUCUGACCUGUCAACGCGUUCAUCGGCUUCUCUGAACGAGGAGCAGUUUGAGGACUACGGAGAAGGGGAGGAGCCAGACUACACUCCCAGCAGCCCCUGUCCGGACGACGAGACUCGUACCAACGGUUACUCUGACCUCGGCUCAUCUGUGCCCUCUAGUGCGGGUCAGACUCCUCGUAAAGUGCGUCACCAUUACACGGGCGAACUGAUGGACGUCUACUGUUCUCAGUGCAGUAAAAAGGUCAACCUGCUAAAUGACCUGGAGGCUCGCCUCAAAAACCUCAAGGCAAACAGCCCCAACAGAAAAAUCUCCAGCACUGCUUUUGGAAGGCAGCUGCUCCACAACAGCAACCUGAGCAGCAGUAACGGCAGCACAGAGGACCUUUUCCGAGACAGCAUCGACUCCUGUGACAUCGACAUCAAUGAGAAAGUCACAUCUCUUGAGAAGAAGGUGGCAGAACUUGAGAAUGAGAUUCUGCUGAACAGUGAACUCAAGUCCAAACUGAAGCAGGAGAACACGCAGCUAGUACACAGGGUUCAUGAGCUGGAGGAGCAGCUGAAAGACCAAGAGACCCGCGCGGAACAAAAUCUGCAGGAGGGCCUGAGGCGACACAGAGAGGCCUACAGCAAGAUGGAGAGAGACAAGAACACACAGAUAGAGCUGCUGACCAACCGAGUUAAGCAGCUGGAGGAGGAGAAUAGCGAGAUGUCCCUUAACAUGAACCGACUCAAGUCGCAGACAGAGAAGCUGGAUGAGGAGAAGCAAAGGAUGACGGAUAAGCUGGAGGAUACCAGUCUGCGCCUGAAGGAUGAGAUGGACCUCUACAAGAAAAUGAUGGACAAACUGAGACAGAAUAGACAUCAGUUCCAGAAAGAAAAGGAUGCCAUGCAGGAGCUGAUAGAAGACCUUCGUCGAGAGUUGGAGCAUUUGCAACUCUUCAAGCUGGAGACGGAGAGGCCAGGCAGGAGCCGGAGCUCUUCCUCGGGGCUCUCAGACUUCAGCAACAGGAGUCGAGAGGUGGAGCUAGAGCAUGAGGUCAAGAGGCUCAAGCAGGAGAACCAGAAGCUGAGAGAGCAGAAUGAGGAGCUGAACGGUCAGAUCCUCAGCCUCAGCCUGCACGAAGCCAAGAAUCUGUUUGCCACGCAGACCAAGGCCCAGUCUCUAGCUGCUGAGAUCGAUAAUGCCUCCAGAGACCAGUUAAUGGAAGCCCUGAAGGAGCAAGAGGAAAUCAAUUUACGUCUGCGACAGUACAUGGACAAAAUCAUCCUGUCCAUCCUGGACCACAACCCCUCCAUUUUGGAGAUAAAGAACUAGCAGUGACUCAACUGGAAUGAGCAUCUUUCCUGAUCUCGGGAGAGCGAGGAUCAUUCCAGUUGUUUGAUCAGAGCCAGGUGACUGAGAGAGAGGCAGAGCCAGUCUUAUAUAAACAGACAUGCAUCGCCCCCUGCUGUUUGUACUGAGAAGAGCUUCUCUUUCAGACAGUAGAGGGGGGAUUCUGUGUUGAACAAAAGGGAGUUUUCUCAGCCAGUGAUUGUUCACUGACUGAUGGUUAUACUACUGUGACUGUUCAACUCAUUCUGUCCCGUUUUUAUUCUCUGUCUAUGCUGUGAGCUGGCGUUGAAGUCACAAGUUUGGUCUUGUGACAAAACCCAGGAAUAUUCUGCGCCCAACGUGCUUUGAAGAUUGACGCAAUUGCUUGAUGCACUACACUGGACAUGAAACCUGGAACAAUGAAACAAUGGCUGUAUCCUGAUCCAAUACUGUUUGGCAUGCUGUAGAGAGGCAAGGUGGCAAGCAGACUGUAAACCAGUGCGAAACAGACAUGAAGGCAGAUGAGUGCAAUGUGGCCUGACCUGUAAACUGCCAGUCUCCCCUAUCAUGCAGGUUCUCUGAGUGCACUUGAUGACAUAUUUGGACAAGUAUAUGUUGAAAGAAGGUUGAGAAGCAAGGCACAAGCGGUCAGAGAGAGGAAAAAGAAUGAUGCCUGAAGAGGUAGAGAUGUUACACGAUAGUCCAGGUAUGCUACCAAACCAGGUGCUACCAAAAGAGGCUUUUUGUGAAGUCGGAGAAGGUACAUUGAAGGUGAAAUUGAGGUUUUUUUUUUGUUCAUUCUUGCGCACGUCUUCCAGGAAACCUUGAAGCCACACUUGUCGGUCAGUCCAAUAAUAGUGAGUAGUGGCCCUGAAUUGGUUCGCAGAGUGUCGCUUUCUGGCGCAGAAGCUGCAACCAAGGAGUGUCUUCAAACUGUAACUUCCAUGGCUGCUAUUUGCUAGCAAAACUUGAGCUUAAUAAAAGUCACUGUUGCUGGCAGUAGACCCCAAAUGAUGUUGCACAGAAAUGUAAAGAUGUGAAUGUAUCGUAUGUGGCGGUGUGUGGUGGAGUGACUGGUAGCCAUUGUAACAUGGUUUACUGAGUCAUCUUUUUACGCUCAAUGAUUCGGAUAGCAGAUGUGAGCAUGCACAGGAGACUCACUUUUUUGGUACAACAGACGUGAUUUGUGGUCACCUACAGCACCUAGAGCAGGUUGCAGAUUGUAGUUAAAGUCCCAGUGACUCUCUGAAGCCCUCUGAUACUGUAAAUAUCAUGAAUGUAAAACUCAUUAUUACCUUUCUUUGAGGCCAAAAAAAAAAAAUUGUUUUGAAUUGAAAUUUACGACAUUUAGCAACGCAUAUACAGUAUUCAGUGCGGUUGUAUGGAGGGCAUUGUUUUCAGAGGGGAAACCAUUACGGUCUCAUGUAUUAUGUAAUUAUUCUAAACUUGAGUUUUGCUUCCUUGCACAAAAAAAAAAAAAGUUUUGUUUCCUUUUGCAUGGUCUCAUUUACUUCUGUCUGUGCCUUUUUGAAGACAUUUUUCAAGAUAAUCUUGCUAUAGAUUUUGCGCUGUUUUUUGAAGGUGCGUUCUGUGUCUGUGUAUGACAUUUUCAUGACCUGUAAAUGUUGUAAUUAUCUAGUGAUAAUUUGUAUUUUAUGUGCCACUCACCAGUCCUUUUUUCAGAUUGAUACUGAGAAAACACUUUUAUACAGAUUGAUCAAGAAACUAAUUGUUGUUGCUUAGGUGUCCUGUUUGCAGUAUAGCACAAGGCUUUGUGACGUAUACAAGCCAGUUUCUUUUUGUUUUGUUUUGAAACGCAGUGAGCAAUGAUUUUUGCGUUUUUCUGAUUUUUUUUUUUUUUUUUUUUUUUUUGGUUAAUUUUAGUAAGUCUACUGAUUUUCAGUCUGCUUUAAACUGGGUUUUUAUAUGGUUGUAAACUGUCUUCCUAACUUAAACAGUGACUUAGGAGCAAUAUUAACUUAUUACCACUACCUGCUGAUUUGUGUCUUGUUUAGCAUCUUAAACCUUUUCACUCUUUAUCUGCUUAUGUCAUUCUUAAUAUAAAGAAUUUCUAUGAUACACUGAGCUGUAAAAACUGUCACAAACUCAUGGCUUGUAGUUUUCUGUUAUUAGGACUGUCCAAUUGGAUGUAGUCAUCUUAAAUAGCAAUAAAAAUGGCUUUGGCAGUGAUGUUGCCUCAAGAAAUUUCUGUUGCUUUCGUUUGAUUUCAGUUCUCCUUAUUUGUAAUGG